AUGUCUAUCGCUACGCUUGACACCACGCAACAUCCUAAUCUCCCUGCUUCCGCACCAACUCUCUUCAACGCCAAAGCCAAGAAGCAGCUGACCUUUGAACAAAUAGCUCAGGAGAUUGGCCGCAAUGAAGUAGCAGCAGCAGCGAUUUUUUAUGGCCAGGCCAAGCCUUCGCCAGAGGAUAUUCAGAAGCUAUCUUCACUUCUUGAGAUUGAUCAGCAGAUCCUCGAGUCGCAGAUGGGCGGAUUUCCUGACCGAGGCCGUACUGUGGAAAUGCCACCCAAGGAGCCCCUCAUCUACCGGCUGUAUGAGAUUGUUCAAAAUUAUGGAUACGCAUAUAAGGCUGUAUUGAAUGAGAAGUUCGGUGACGGUAUUAUGAGUGCGAUUUCUUUUUCGACAAAGGUCGAGAAGGAGACAGACAAGGAUGGUAACAACUGGGCUGUCAUCACUUUACGUGGUAAAUGGUACGCUUAUUUCACUCUUCGCCGCAGUCUUCUUCACUCAUCUGUGAAACAGGUUACCCUUCACUCGCUUCUAGGCAGCGUAUUUCUCCUCUCAAGCAUUUCUGGCUCCGGCUGGAUAGACUAG